UUAAACUAUAUACGUAUACAUACAACUAUAUGAGCUAAAUAUAUAAAUAUUAAUUAUAAAUAAUGGACAAAACUGUUAAUAUACAAAUGAUCAAUGGAAAAUCAUUUAUUUGGUCCUCUGAUGAUUGGUAUAUUUUACGAUUUAAGUAUCAUAUUUUGGGUAACCUUAUUGGAUCGCUUCCGUUAACACCACGUCAAGAACAUCAGAAUGGUUUACCUUGUCUAUUAUUGCCAGAAGAAACACGGCUAUUAAUUGAAAAUGGUAUUGGUCGACUAGUUCAGUACCCUUCAUUAACUUGUUUGCCUGAUGAAAAUGAAAUAAUUCAUAAUAAGUCUCAAGAAGACCUAGAUAAGUAUGAAAUACGAAAAAAGUAUGCGGAAAAAAAAGGUGAAAUAAUUAGUAAAUUAGUUCAAUCUGCUAUAUUAGCCGAUGGUGGUCAUAAUUGCAAAGAAGUUAUGGAAUUGAAAAGAGAAAUUUUAAAGAUUAAGCCAUAUGAUGCAUCAUCUCAAGUUUUAAUACAUUUAAAUGAACCUAAAUUGAAAGCAUUGGAAAUAAUGUUGCCUGAAUUUACUACUGAUUUUGAAAAAUUAAGAUAUAAAGUUUUUAAAGAUUUGUGGACAAAAGGAUUCUAUUUGACCUGUGGUAUUAAAUUUGGAGGAGAUUAUUUAGUUUACAAUGGAGAUCCUUUGGCUUAUCACGCACAGUAUAUAGUUUGCUGUGGUGACGUCGACAAACACAACAUAACGAGUGCAAGUCGAAUUGGUUCAGUUACAAACAAAAAAAUGGUACUAGCUAAGCAUAACGAAACGAGUAUUGAGUAUUUCAUUUUACAUUUUAGUAACUCCAAAGUUGUUGACAAAGAGGUUAUACAUUUUGAAAUCUAGUAGUUUGUUAAUAAAUAUUAAAUGUAAA